AUGUACGGUUUCAACCAAGUAAAUGCAAUACUCAAGUCACAAAUAUUAGCUGCGACAGCGCCUUACCAAUGGAUUUUUGCAUUUUUCGGUUUAAUGGCACCGCCACCGCUUUUAGCUUGCAAUAUACAAAACCCAAGGCGUAGUGCGUUCCUGCGUCUACUAUACACAAUUUAUGCACUAAUUUUGCUGGCUAUUACCGUUUGGGCCACCUACCUAAAUAACAUGCUAAUUGAAAAUUUGGUUAUUGGCUCGUCGCUGGAUAGCAUCACCAGUUUUCUGGGCAUUGGACAAAGUGUUAGCAUGUCCCUGGUACAAGUUGUACUACAAAUAACCGCAUUGCUCGGCUAUCGACAACUGAGCAAUUUCUUUGUAAAUAUCGUGCAUUUGGAACGUGAGAUACACUGGCGUUGCAGUCUGCUAACUGAAACUCAUAUCGAGUCGCGCACGAACUUGACACGAUGUCUGGCUAGUUAUUCAGGAACUCUAAUGUUGCUGCUGUUCAUUUUCAUGCCAUAUGUGCACGCAAGCCACUUCAUCGAUGGCACUCCUUGGUAUCAUAUAUUACUGACUGUGGUAUCCGAUAUUUUGGUACAGAAUAUGGCAGUGCAGUUCUGUGUUGUUGUGCAAGCCAUUCAUGAAAUUCUAUUACAACUGCAGGAGAAUUUAUUAUGUUUAAGACGUGAGUGCUUAACAAGCUUUGAGUGUGAUGCCUCCAAACAAAAACUGCUCUAUGAUUGCCUACAAGCCAAUCAAAACUUCUUGGCACGUAUUUGGCAUUUGGUGGGAACCGUUGAAAACUAUUACUCCGUUCCUAUGUUUGUGCUUUUCCUAAACAAUUGUUUGGUUAUAAGUCACACCAUUAACUGGAUAUAUAUACUUAGACGUGAUGAUGAUAAAAAUAUAUAUCGCACAUUUUUCGCUGUCAUAAUGGCCAUUAUUAUGCUCGUACCAUGUUGGGUUUGUCAAAACUGCAUUAAUGCGUAUAAUCGAUUUGGUUUGCUGCUACAUAGUCUCAAGUUUGAGAAAUUAAAUAUUGUUUUGAUUAUGCGCUUGCGAGAGUAUUCACUUCAAUUGAUGCACCAGAAAAUCGUGUUUACCUGUGGAGGUUUUUUUGAUUUCAACUUGAAGAACUUCGGAGCGAUGGUAUUUACUAUUACAACUUAUAUUGUUAUUAUGUUGCAGUUUAAGUUGCAAAGAGAUGCUGAGAAGGAAGCAAUGCAAAAGAGAUUUUUAGAAGCACAACAUUGA